AAAGAGCUGAUUCAAAAGAAAGGUUCGUUCACGAGUCGGCCGUCGCUAGUAGCAAGUACGCUAGCUGUACAGAAAGAUGCGUAUAAAUGUUAUUUAGGUAAUGGAAAAGUGAAUAAAGCAGAAGACACGUUUAUCCUUGCAGCGUUGGGAGUUAAAACCGCGAGAAAUUUGACUGUUAUUAUUUUUGUUUUGCUGGUUUUAGUCCCACAAACCUGAAGCACAUUUUUCGGUGGGCAGGCUAGUUAGCUGGCAUGCUAACGGUCUGUGCGUUGUGGCUUGUAAUUAGCUUAGCAGAUCAGCGGAAGAUAUUGUUUUGAGUACUGGAAGUCUAUAAGCUGUUGAAGAUGGACAGUAUGGAGUGAAGAGCCAGACUGACUGCAGAUUGAUUAUGAAAUCAGAUUUUUACUGAGGAUAACUAUGGAGCUGUACUGGUACAUAGUUGUCAUAAUAUUUAUUAUGAUAAAGAUCUUCUUCUACAUCUGCUGGUACCGCUCAAGACAGAGGCAGCUUGCUGCUUACCUCAGUAAUCCCCGCAAUGCACAGAUCGUUAUUGUGGGUGGAAGAGCCUAUCUACACCAGAUGUGUGAGAGACAAAAUACAUCAAUCUGGCCAAGCUGGUAUGGAGUGCAGGAUGACGGAUCAGUGGGUGAACCUUCCGCCUCUCUUCCACCAGCUUCAUCCCUCUCUCAUCUAGACAUGCCUCCUCCAUACGAGGCUGUGUCUGGAGCAAAUGACUUGAAGCCUCCUCCAUAUAGUGAAUACGCUCAGAACGAUGACACUGAUGCCUCUCUGAGCAUCGCCAUCCCCGAGGGAAACGAUUCCAGCACCAUCACUGAUGACCCACCUCCAUACACACCCAGCGCUGUCUCUCCAGCCAGCCAGCAAGCAGACACCAGCAUUCAGGGCCAACUGGAGGCUGAAGGCAGAUCCAGCUAGUCUUUUUCAUCGCCAACUCUCAAUUUUGUCCACUUCUGAACACAGCAAGGGCUGUAUUUAUCCAUGCAGAGGUUUCUUUUCAGCCCCAGCUUUGAGUUACGGUCUUGAUUUUUUUCUUAGUUUUCUAAUCCAGGAGGUAAUGUUGUUGGUAAGGGUGUUGAAAUAGGAAAAUUGUGAUGUGGUAAGAACAAUCAAACAGAUCUGGUGCCCUCCUGUGGUGAGAUGUGGUAUUGUGUGACCUCCAGUGAUGUAAAGGGUGCUUUUAGCUCACCCAUGCCUUAUUGUGGUUUCCUCUUAUAUAACCAGCAUCAUGCUAGCACAUAAUUAUGUAACACACGUGCACAUGCAGUAAUCUAGUCCUAUAAUGCAUUUUUUUCUGACUUUGUUGGGAAUUUUUUUAUUUCUUCUGUGUAAUCCUGAAGACUGAUGCCAUGGAUUCAGCAGCCUACAGCUUCCAGUCGUAGUGGCUUGAAUUAACUGUACAUAGGCUUGUGGAUUGAUCAGUGCCAUUUCAAAAAAAAACAAAAAAAAAAACAGAUUCCUCAGAGACAAUGUUGUAGACACGUAGUGAUAAUGUUUUCUCUCUUGUCUAAAGGCCCAAAGGGAGAGCAUUAUGUAUAGAGGUUUAACCUCACCUUCAUACAUAACCUCAGUUUGUAUGUGAUGACAAUUUCAAAAAACUAUCCCUCAGCACUUUUAUGUCUUGUAAUUGCCUUACUUUUGUCUGUUUGUAAGUGACAAGUAUAAUCAUCGGAGUCAGUGUGGCUCUUGGCCUAAUGAAGUUGUGUGUAAAUGCAGGGAGUUUGACUCCUACACUCUUUAGCUUCUGGCUUUUCAGGUGACAGUAAUGAUUUUUAUGCAUUUGGGCCACAGUACCCACAUAAAUGAACUCUGCUUACUUUUAAAUAACUUAAUUUUUUUUGUCUGUGUGUAUGGUAAUGAUGUAUGCCAAAUAUGUGAUCUAACAUGUUUCGUUUUCGUAUUAAUGUUGUUGUGUUUUGAAGAAUGUAUGAGGUCAACUGUGUGCAGUUGUGAAUUUAUCAGGUUAACGUAAUGGGAUCAAUACGUUUUUUUAUUAAACUAUCAAGAUAAAAGAAGUUGAUCUGUGUCUACUUGUAGACAUUGUAUCUCCCUCAUAUCUCACAGUAUAAUUUGACAUCAUUUAUUUGCAAAGUCUUAAUACUGCUUUAUUGUUGUUACUGAAUAGUACUGUACAUUAGGGCUGUCUAGAUUAUUUGAUUAAAAAAUGAAACAAAAUGUA